ACCUUUUUUCUCGCUUCUGGGAUCCCGGAUCUCUCGCGUGACUGACAGCGGCGCAAGCGUGAUUCUUUCCGGUUGGCAGGAGUGGGCCGAAAGGGAAAUCCUAGUUCCUUAAACUUCAGAGUUUUAUAGCAUGCUGUCCAGCAAGGCUGGGAAGAUCUUAUGACCUAAUUUAAGUAGAAGUCUUAAGGAAUGCAAGGAUCCCUUGAGAAGAUCUUGCUACUCUUUCCUGUAACAAUUUUACUCUCUAGCUUUUGAUGAGCUGAGCAAAGUUGAGUCAAAACUCUGAUCCCCAGGAUGACAGCUUUUCAGAAAAACUCCUUAGAAUGUUCCAAUUAAUCUUUCUUCAUGGAACUUUUUCAUGGAAGAUUGUCUCCAGAAGUUGGACUCCCCUUGAUUUCAAAUUCUUCCAAGCUAAGUCUAGGACACACCCUACAGAUUGGAAGAAGAGUUCAACAGUCAGUGGUCUAAUUAUCUAUAGUACCAAGGUCUGAACAGAAAGUUAUCCUUCUCAGACAAUCAGCCAGGACUGGCUAAACUUCCAAAGUGAACUGAAGUCUGAGGACUAAAGAGAGCCUAGAAAAGUGAAAAAACUCUUUCAGAGGAGAACUUGGAAGCAUGAAGAUGAGGUGGCUGAAGUUUCUGCUUUUCUUCAUUCAUUGGAGAGUCACAGGGGCUGUUACAGGUCAAUUCUGGCACAUCUCAGACCUGCACCUUGAACUUGAGUAUAAUCAUGUCUCUAAGGAUCCAUUGCAAGUGUGUCCGUCAGCAGGUUCCCAAUCAGUGACCAAUGCAGGUGUGUGGGGAGAUUACCUUUGUGAUGCUCCAUGGAUGCUCAUCAACUCUUCUAUUUAUGCCAUGAAGGCCAUCUUGCCUAAGCCGGACUUCAUUCUCUUGACUGGUGACUACACACCUCAUGUCCUUAAAGAGGGCGGGACAGAAGAAGCCGUGUUGGACUUAGUGAAACGCUUGACGGAUCUACUUCUAUUAGUUUUCCCAGAAACUAAAGUCUACGCUACUUUGGGGAAUCAUGAUUUCUACCCCAAAAACCAACUUCCAGCAGAAAGCAACAAUAUUUAUAAUCACAUAGCAGAUUUGUGGAGGCCAUGGCUCUAUAACACAUCAAUCUCUCAGUUCAAAGAAGGUGCCUUCUAUGCUGAGAGCUUGCCUGGUCCAAACUCAACUGGGCAAAUUGUGGUGCUCAACACUAAUCUAUACUAUGAAAACAAUGCAGUUGCAGGCAGCGUGGGAGAUCCGGGGAAACAGUUUCAGUGGCUGGAUACUGUGCUGAGCAAAGCAUUCCAAGAUGGAAAAAAGGUGUAUAUCAUUGGGCACAUGCCUCCCGGCUUCUUUGAGAAGACCCGAAAUAAAGCCUGGUUCAGGCCCAACUUCAAUAAACGCUACAUGGAAAUCAUCAAGAAACACUAUCGUGUGAUUGAAGGGCAGUUUUUUGGUCAUCACCACACCGACAGCUUCCGGAUGUUUUAUGAUGACAAAGAUAACCCUGUCAGUGUCAUGUUUCUGACUCCUGGAGUGACGCCCUGGAAAACAACCCUUCCUGGGGUAGAAAACGGAGCCAAUAAUCCUGGGAUCCGAGUCUGGGAGUACGAUCGAGCCACUCUACAACUUAAGGACAUGGUGACCUAUUAUUUAAAUCUCACCCAUGCCAACCUUCAUUCCCCAAAGUGGGAGAAAGAAUACCGACUGACUGAAGCCUUCCAUGUCCAAGAUGGCUCGGCAGCUUCCAUGCAUCGGGUGUUGGAAAAGAUCUCCUCGGAUAGCCAGUUUCUGCAGAAAUACUACAAGUUCAACUCUGUCAAUUAUGACCUCAGCCUUUGUCACCGGCACUGCCGGGAAGAGCAUUUGUGUGCCAUAAAGGAGGUGGACUUUGCAAAGUAUGAAAGGUGCAUCAAGCAGCUCAGCUCCUCUUGUGGACUGUCAGGGUCCCUGCUCCUCUUCUGUGUGAUGAUGGGGUUUCAUCUGAUCAAAUCUUUAUGAGACUGUUAUGGAAAAUUAUCAGAGUCUGGUACAGGAAACUCAUUCAGCACUUGGGAUGAAGAAAGAACUUUAUUAUGCUGGACCCAGAGGGAGGAGAUCAUAUAUUCCCGAUGGGCCCUGAGUAUUUGUGGCAUGACAGAGCCUUAAGUCAGUCUUGGCCCACUGAGGCAAGAAACCAGAAAGGGAAGUCUCAGAGAGAGGCAGUUAUGUUCUGGCAAGAUUUCUGCAAGGACAAAAUCUUUAUAAUGCACAAAACUUCUGAUUCUUAUCUCAGACCAACUGCUGGCAGACCACAAAAUAACCUUAAAAAACGAAGGCUCAAGAAUGCCAUAAUUAUGAUGAAGCUUCCUGGUACUGUCCCUCAAUUAGGCUUUAUAACCAUAAAACCUUGAGCUGUAUUUCCUUGGACAAGGAGUCUUCUUUGAAGUGUAUCAUUAUAUGACUGUUAAUUACUCAGACUAAAAUAACCCAUGUAUCUUUUGAUAUAUGUACACCAAAAUAGUUUGACAUUUCCUUGACCAUAUGGAACAUUUGUGUUUAUCCCACUUCCUAUCAUGUAAUCCUUAAUUGCUUUGAAGAAUCACAUGCCCUUCUUCUAUUUCCUUAAUUGCCUAGCACAAUCCCUCUAUAUAUGUGUAAGCAUGACUGACAAUAAAGGAAGUUGAAUCCAACUUG